AUGUCACCAAAUGCCGACUGUGCGCAUGGAGGUCCUGGCGAAGAUACGCCAGAAGAAGACAGUUGGGGACUUGCCUUGAUGAAAGAUGCCCUCACACGGUUAGUGGGUAUGAAUAAUGAGCUGAAAAAAAUGAGCGAGACGAAGAACGAAUGGUUCCUGUUCAGUCAGCAUGCGUCUAGAAUAUUCGAGGCAGUCAUGACGAUCGCGUCUCAGGAAGAGGAAUCGACUCGAUUUACUGAGUCGGUUGGGGAUCUCGCGCUAUUCAUAAACAAACUCGACCAAACAUGUCGCCGAUUUGAGAGUAGCAAGAAUGUGAAGAAGCUGUUGCGAUCCUCUGAAGAUGCAAAAGAACUCAAAAGUUUGCGACAUGAACUCGACGACAAGAUCCAACUUCUUCAGUUACAUCUGAACAUAGAACAGCGGAACUUUCUCUUGGACGCGGUGAAAUCACUCAACCUUAAUGAGACAAAUACGAACAAAUCGACUCUCCGGGGUGAGAUGUCAACCAACCAUUCCAGUUUCCAGCCAAGCGCUUUCCUUGUCCUCGACAGUCUUCCAUAUGCGUCUGGUGCAUCCUACAACUCGUCGAACACAUGCAUGCCUGGAACGCGCACUGCACUGCUCUCCGAGAUCACCGCUUGGCUCGAAACUCCUUCGUUGGAAUCAUGCCCGAUCUGCUGGCUGACCGGAGUCGCCGGGAUCGGAAAGACCGCGCUAGCCAAUUCGGUUGCAAACAUCGCUGCUGAGAAAAGAUGGCUUGUUUCGUCUUUCUUCUUCGCCCCAAAUGUCGGACGAGAGGAACACACCGGCAAGCUCGUCAUCCAGCCGUGCAAGAAUUGGGAUAGGACAGAACCAGCCGUAUUCGUGGUCGACGCCCUGAAUGAAGGCUUCGACGAGGGCUUGUUACGCGUUUUAACGCGGCAAGUGAAAACACUUCCCCGCUUCUUCCGGAUCGUCAUCACCUCCCGACCACUGGAAAAAAUCCGCGAUGCUUUCGGAGACGCGAGCCACAUCAUUCGGCAUUCCCUUAAUAUAACAGACAAGCAAAAUGGACAGGACGUACAGACCUACCUUCGUCAGCGGCUGACCGCCGUGUCCAUCAAACGGUGUCUGGGACAACAGUGGCCCACACCGUCUGUGUUCAAUGAACUGGUAGCACAAUCUGAGGGCUUGUUCCAAUGGGCAUUCACCAUCACCGAAUACCUAAGAAAGUGCAUGAAUCCGAUUCGGCAAUUGGACCUCAUUAUUUCACUCCAAGGCAUUCCGUCCGUCGCCAGUCGUAUGGACCAGCUGUACGCUACCGUACUUGAUGGGACUGGGGGAAAAGAUGACGAAGAUUUCGUAAACGCUUAUCAAAUGUUUAUGGGUUCCAUCUUGGCCGCCAAAGAACCACUGACCCUGUCGGCAAUGCGGCUGCUGCACGGCAAUAGGAAUGUCGAUCCGACCGAGCUUCUCGAGCGGAUAAGUUCCUUCGUCGUUGGAUUCGAUGGCGAGCAUGAACCCAUUCGAAUUUUGCAUCUGUCACUCCGGGAAUAUCUGAUGGACAGAGCUGCUCCACCAUAUCGACUGUCUCGGAGCAAGAGCAGUCAACAGCUCGCUUUUCUCUGCAUGCCAGCCAUCAACGAUCACCUAAGUGAGGUGGUUGUCAUGUCAAAGCAGAAACGACGCUCGCGUUCUGAGAGCCUGAUCCCAUCGAAUUCCCCAGACUUGAUGUGGGACGGUCUUUAUUACGCAAUCAGCUUUUGGGACCGCCAUCUUCUUGACGCUCGCGACCCCACCCCGGAGUUUAUGUCUGCAUUAGAGGUACUCCUGGACGAACAUCUGCAAGAUCUGGUGUCCGUUACAAUCGCUUUGGGCGCUUAUAAAGGCUUAUCUGAUGUGAGACGAUGGCUGCAGAAACUCGGUCCCAAGGGAAAGCAAUCCCUUCUCCGGAUAUCAGAUGACUACUGGGUCUCCUGA